AUGCGGCUCGCUAUUUUCAUAGUGACCGUACACUCGGUAUUGGCUGAGGACAAUUUUCCGAACUCGAUGGCUAUUGAAGUAUUGCCGACAGAAAAAACUCCGUUCGCUGCCAGUGAAGACAUUUUCACCACUGACGAUUUGGGAUCGUUUUCUCGAGCACCAGAAUCGGUAAAUGAAGCAGAAGCGCCGUUAGACUUGAAGCCUCCUACAACAGAGGUGAAACCUCCAUCGUUCGCUCCACAGCCACCAGGAGAACAGGAUAGCUUACAUCGCCUUCCACAGAAAUAUCUUGAUAGAAAAAAUUUCACAAACUCUGUAAUUGCAGCAGCGGAUUCUAUCGAAAAUCAACCAAAUCCAUCCACAUCAACCUAUGGGGAUCUUUUUGCCGAUAGCGCUGUGCAUUUGUCAAAAAGACAGCUUAACACGGACGAAAUGGAGUCAUCUGGAGAGCAGAAACUUGGCCUCAGUGCAGCGGGAAUUGACCCAGAUGACGACGACAUUACGGACAACUCGGAAGGUUCUGGACACCGUGAUAAACACAAAUCUAUAGAACGGGUUUCGGGUGAAGUCAAUGCAGGUCUAUUCUGUCGACAUUGCGAUGAAAGGAACUCAUCAGUGGUUAGAGUAUCAUUCAGUACCGAUAGUAACACUCCGGAGACCUUGAGCAAUCCUAAAGACUUGAAAUCUAACCCUGUUCACACGGAAUUGGAAGAGAAGUUGCUCAAUGGACAGCAGAGACAGCUCCGCCUUCCUCCACUCUCAUUGGACAACGGGAUCGAUCGAGGGAAAUCCGAGAAUACUUCCAUUGGAUCGUGGAAAAGAGAUCCGGAGGACCGUCUCGAAAAUCACCCUGAGAUUCAGAAGCAACUGCAAGAAUUUGCCUCAGAUGUUAAGCAACUACACACCAAUGAGGAUGCAUCGAUUCUCAGCAAAAUUCUGGAUGUGGAAAUGCUUUCAAGAAAUGGAACUCGCGAGAUUCCCUAG